AUGGCGGCUAACGUGGAUGCGAAGUUGCUGAAGCAGACGAAAUUCCCUCCCGAGUUCAAUACAAAGGUCGACAUGAACAAAGUCAACAUCGAAGUGAUGAAAAAAUGGAUUGCAGGCAAGAUCUCGGAUAUCCUGGGCAAUGAAGAUGAUGUCGUCAUUGAACUGUGCUUCAAUCUGAUCGAGGGUUCGCGAUUCCCAAAUAUCAAGCACUUACAGAUCCAGCUUACCGGAUUCUUGGACAAGGAUACGCCCAAAUUCUGCAAGGACCUAUGGAACCUGUGCUUGAGCGCGCAAAGCAACCCGCAGGGUGUGCCGAAGGAGCUGCUUGAAGCGAAGAAGCUGGAGCUUAUACAGGAAAAGGUUGCCACAUUUCUUGAUGCUGAGAAGGCAGCCGAGGAAGCCCGUCAACGGAAAGAAGAAGAGUUAGCUCGUGAGCGGGAAAUGGAGGCGAUCAGGCGACGCGAGAGAGAGGAGCGCGCCGGCGGCGGGAGGAACCGAAGAGACUACGGUCGUCGAAAUUUCCGAGAUUCACACGACGAAGCCCAGAUAGGUACCGCGAUAGACGUCGCCCGAGAGGAGAUACUUAUGCGCCGUCGGGAGGAAGGGGCUCACGGUGGGCGGAUGGGCGAGGACGCCGUCCGUCAAGAUCGAUGUCGCGUUCUCCAUCGCUUUCACGCUCACCAUCUCGCUCCGUCGCACGCUCCCCAUCCCGUUCGAUUUCACCGCCACGCCGCGGAUAUCGGGCCAGAAGAGAUCGCGGUAGACGUUGGCAACGUUCGAUAA